ACAUGGCAUUUUUCAAAAAGAUCCCUAGCAAAAGCGACGAGCUCUCCGGCUCAAACAGCCUCGUUUGUCCAAUUUGCGAAGAGGAAUACGACGACCCUAAGCGCUUGCCAUGCAUGCAUACGAUUUGCUUGGGCUGCCUCGAAAGUAUGGUCCCGAAAAACGCUCUGAUAAUGAAAUGUCCUAUCGAUGAGCAAGAGCUUCCUAUGCCGAUGGGAGGAAUUAACGCUUUGCCUUCUGAUCUGAGAAUCGUGCGGCUUCUAGAGGUGGCCUCCGGAGGACAGACUAAAAGUAAGAAAAAACGCAGAAGUCUGUCUGCAAAAUCUCUGGAAAAUAACGAAAAGCAGUCGCAUCGCGCUGUUCACGGGAAGGAAGCGAUAUCUCUGGAAGAGGAGGCAACUCAAGUAAAAAAACUAAUAAGCGAGACGGCGGAAAAAAUCCGCGAUGCACUAACAACUAAAGAAAAUGAGAUGCUAAAAAAAGUAGACGAGAUUGUUAAAAGGCAGCUAAAAAAGAGAGCGAGUAUCGCCUCGGUGUCUUCAAUAAGCGAGGACGACGAAGCGUGGCCUGACUCCCCGACAGACGGCGACGUCUUUGACGAUGAGAAAAAGGAGAAUACAUCGCCAAAGAGCAAAACGAAGCCCCCACCCGUCCCCCCUAAGAGACCGCCAUCGUUUCUGAUCGAUCUGACCCCCAGCAGAAAGAUUUUGCAAAUGGUGAGAGAGGAGGGGCUUGGCAACUUACAGUUCGGGCGUAAAAUGAGCGCGCCAGGGGAUGCUGGUCCCCCUGCACCCCUCGCUCAUGCCACGCCCUCAUUUGGAGGCGCUGCCGAAGUAAUUGAUUGCAUCAACCUACCGAAUCGAUUUAAGCGCAAUUUCGGUCCUACGGCAGUCGCCGUCAGCCCCAAGGGUCACGUUGCUGUCUCGGAUUACGGUAGCGAAUGCGUGCUGCUUUUUGACGAAGAGUGGAACUUCGUCAGGAAAAUUGGCGAGGGGGAUUGUAAUGAGGCGGGUCUGGAGGGUCCUGAUGGGCUGGCCUUCCUUCCUGACUCCACCCUGAUAGUGUCCGACGCCCCUCUCGAGGGGGUACAGGCCAUCAAGUUGUACAAACCUAGCGGAGAGUACAAGGAGACUAUUGUAGAGCUGGACACGGAUGCGAUGGGUGAUGAUGCGUUGUAUUUUGGUCGCCUCACUACCGAUGCGAACAGCCGUAUCAUACUAGCGUGCUCCGGUACCGAGCCGUGUAUUCGCGUGUACAGUAGAACAGGUGAACUGGAGUUAGAGUUUGGCGCUGGGAUUCUGAAUGGUCCCCAGAAAGCACUUUUCCACGAUAAUAAGUACUUCGUGUCUGACUCACUCAUCGGCCGACACAAGUGCAACAUCAAGAUGUUCGACAAGGAAGGCAAGUACGUCAAGCAAUUCGAUGACAAUAAGCUUCACGUGGGCGAGCAGGACAGCUUGGGCCUCGACAUCACGUACCCCAUCCAGAUAGCCGUGGACCCGCACACGAACACACUGCUGGCCUACCAUGGGCUCGACAAGUGCAUUAGAAUCUACAAGACGGACGGAUCUUUCGUCAUCGGUUUCCGGACAGUGACCGGUAUCCGGGAUAUCGCGGUAAAUAAGGACAGUACGGUAGUAGCGUCAUGCGGCGAGGAGAGCAUGCUACCGCGCAGCGUACAGAUACUCAAGUACUUAUAGAACGGGUUGCCUGUUGUCGUCCGGGCUCCCUGUGGCGUGAUGCGGCGAGGAGAGCAUGCGACUCCGUAGCGUACAGAUACUCAAGUACUUAUAGAAUGGGUUACCUUUGUUGGCCUGGGCUCACUGUGGUGUCAUGCGGCGAGGAGAGCAUGCGACUCCGUAGCGUACAGAAUAUACUCAAGUACUUAUAGAAUGGGUUGCCUGUAUUGGCCUGGGCUCACUGUGGCGUCAUGCGGCAAGGAGAGCAUGCGACUCCGUAGCGUACAGAAUAUACUGAAUGGGUUGCCUGUGGUUGGUUGUUGCAGUAGCCAAACUGUAAAAUGGCUGCAAUUUGGUGACAAAUAAAUAAAUUCGAGGAAAGAACCAUUACUUAUGUAAGAAAUAUUCUGCUUGGAAUAAAAUGUACAGCUAUGCACAUA